AUGACCCCGUACAAGCACCUUCUGACGCGGAUCUACGCCAAGAACAAGAACAAGCACAACCGCGGCCACAAGCGCAAGUUCUACAAGAAGAAGAAGUGGAUGAAGAAGAUGCUCAAGCCUGUGGCCGAGGAGAACAACAUCGAGUACAUCAACAUCAACGACCAUGACGGGCACUACUUCCGCAAGAUGUUCGAAAAGGCUGAGAAGCCGGUCAUGCUGACCGGUGCGUGCGAUGACUGGCCGGCGUCCAAGAAGUGGAGCAAGGACGGUCUGAUGAAGUACUACGGCGACAAGAUGUUCAAGGUGGCCGGCGAGCAGAUGUACAUGCGCGACUACCUCAAGUACUGCAAGCGGACCCGUGACGACUCGCCGCUGUACCUGUUUGAGGAAGCUCUGGACCAGGCCGGCCGUGAUGGGCUCAUUGACGACUACACCGUGCCUGAGCUGUUCAAGUACGACUACUACGGUGCAGUGCCGAACUCGGUCCGCCCGCCGUUCCGCUGGUUCAUUGUCGGCCCUGAGCGCUCGGGCUCGACCAUCCACCAGGAUCCGCUCGGCACCUCGGCGUGGAACGCCCUCAUCGAGGGCCACAAGAAAUGGGUCAUGUUCCCGGCCCACAUUCCGCGCGAGAAGUUCUACCCCAAGAAGUACAAGUCCAAGGACGCGUAUCACGAGGCCAUCUACUGGUUCCAUGACUGCUAUCCCUACUGCGUCAAGCAUGCCAAGGAGCUCGAGAUGAUCGAGUGCGUCCAGAAGCCCGGCGAGGUCAUCUUUGUCCCUGGCGACUGGUGGCACGGCGUGUUCAACCCGGACUUUACCGUCGCCGUCACUCAGAACUUUGUCUCAAAGUACAACUUUAAGCGCGUCUUUGCCCGCACCAAGCGCGAGCGCGCCCGCUUCUGCCAGCGCUGGAAGAAGGUGCUUGACUACGUCGAGCCCGACGUCGCCCUCAAGGCCAAUGAGCUCGACCACAUCCCCUACGGCCGCCGCUGGUCCGAGUCUGACUCGGGUUGGACCGACAUCGAUGCCCUCUCCACCCUCUCCACCUCGGACAUCGGGCUCUACGACCUUGCCGCCUCGUCGUCGUCGUCGUCCUCAUCCUCGUCAUCGUCGUCGUCGUAAACGCAUCACGCCC